ACAGUUCGAAAACCCAUGACAAAAGGGGCCGGAUCUAAAAACAUCUUUUUCUUACCGUUAUAUGCCCACACCGUGCCCCACAAUUCCCAGGGCCAAGAAUUCAAAAAAGAGGGCCAACCCAACCCAAAAGAAAAAAAGCCCCUCCUGGGCGUGGCCGGUGUCCCUUUCCCAACGGCUACUUUCCAUCCUCUAAACAAGUAAAGAUCUUUUAGAUCUCCUCACCUCUUCCAGUCCCAAAUCAUUUUCGCCAUUGCUAUAUUCCCGCACUCGACAGUAGCCCAUAGAAUUCUCUCGCCGUUAAAUUCGCCUGUCUGUGACCCGAUUUCCUCUUUCCCUAAAUCUCCCAUCAAUUUAGGAUCCCUGCAAUUAAGUCCCCCCCCCCCCCAACCGCUACUAAAUCUAUGGAGAUGGAUUCCGCGCCCAUAAAUUGCACGCAGAGGUCGAACCCAAGCGCUGCUCUCACGAAAUCAGCUUCUCGAUUAGCUCGAAACACGGCCUGUUCCGUCCAAGGGAAAGAUCCACCACCUCACCUUUCAAUCGAUCUCGUGCUCCCUUCAUCGCCCAAGAGAGGACAGUCCACGCCCUCGGGUCUUUCAGCCAGGUCAUCCACGAGCUCUCUCCCUCUCCGCGAACUCCUCCUCCUUUCGCCGUCGCCUUCCAGGAAACCCAGGGUUCGGCCGGCCGAUCGGAUCGAGAUGGCGCCGGAGGAAGCAGGUGCCGGCGGGGUUGAGCCAGCUGGAGCCCGCCGCAGGUGCAAGACCAGGGGAUCUCAAGUGGGUGGCUUGGGAUGCGCUUCCCCACGGAACAGCAGGAGGUUGAGGAAGAGGUUGGAGGUGGAUAUUAGAGAAGAGCGGGAAUCGGUGGUGGGUUUAGGGGAGGAGUUUGGGAAACCGAGGAAGAGACGGCACGGCGGUGGUGGUGGCCGGUCCAAGAAGGAGAAGCUCGCUUUGGUUCCACCGCUGCCUUCGUCGAGUUACUGUCCGAAAGCUGAUGAUUGCGAUGGAAGCAAUUUCGAUAGACUUGGGGCGACAAUAUAUGAUCUUGUCAUGUGGGAAGACGUUGCCAAAUCUAGCCUCUGGUUUGGUUUCGGCUCCUUGUGUUUCCUAUCUUCUUGCUUCGCAAAGGGCAUCAACUUCAGCAUGUUUUCUGCUAUUUCCCAACUCGGGCUUCUGCUUCUAGGAGCAUCAUUCUUCUCCAACUCAAUAUGCCAAAGAAACACCAAUGCAAAUGAACGAGACGGUAGGCUGAAAGACGAGGACAUCCUGAGAUUGGGUAGGUUGAUACUUCCGCCGGCAAAUCUUGCAAUCUCAAAGACCAGGCAGCUUUUCUCUGGUGAACCAUCCAUGACGCUGAAAGUGAUCCCGUUCUUGCUUCUGGGAGCUGAGUUUGGUCACCUUAUCACCUUCCGGAGGCUUUGUGCAGUAGGAUUUUUUGCUAGCUUCACUGCCCCAAAACUGUAUUCAUGCUACUCUGAUCAGAUAACCCAUAAAGUUGAAAACGCAAAAUGCAGAAUUUUGGAGACCUGGGGCUCCUGCUCUCGCAAGAAGCUUGUCACAGCAUCGGCUAUCACAGCCUUCUGGAAUUUGUCCAGCAUCAAAACCCGAAUUUUCACUGCAUUCAUAGUCUUGGUCAUACUCCGUUGCUGCCGGAAGCAUAUACUGCCAGAGAUGGGAGAUGAGGCGGCACCAGUUGAAGCAGUUCAAGAGGACAAAGAGGAGGCAGCAGUAGCUCGAGUAGAGGCAGGAGCAGAAGGGGAUGCGGCAGAGGAGGAUAUGGAGCUAGAGGAAGAACAGGAGGAAGUACUGCCAAUGGUGGUGGCAACAGAAAUGUCGCAUAAAUAAGUACUGAACAACCGCUAAUAAUCCAAUGUAGUAAGUAGCCUUCAGCAAUGGGGGAUGCUUUUCCGUGUCCAUAUAGAAUAACUUCACGGUUUGUAAUCAUAGAGGAAAUGCGUCAUUUCCAGAGUUGAUGCGUGCAUUUUGUGUACAAGUAAAAACUGCUUUUUCCCCAACUUGUUCAACCAGCCACGCUUUGAGAUGAUUUUUGAAGAAAGAUCCAGUUAUCCGGCACGAGCUGUAGCUUUCUAGUCCCUAAGGGUUAUUACGAUGAUGUUGCUACUAGUCCCUAAGGGUUAUCCGGCACGCACUAGGGCGUGCACCAAGAACCCCAGCUUCCUCUAAGACAGUGGCGGAUACAUGCAUGGUUAGGGGUGUCCCGGGACACCCCUAAAAUGUGGAAACACGAUUAUUCAAUUUACGAUAGUAGUUUACGUAUGAGAAAAAAAUGUUUAAGUGGUAGUGGGACACCUUUAAAUUUUGGGAAAAUGAUUAUCCAAUCUCCCGUAGUAGUUUGCGUAUUGGUACAAAUAAUAUUUAAGUAGUAGUUUAUGUGGUUUAAAUUUGGGACACUGCCACUAUUAGUUAAUAUAUUUUCAAUUAUGCUACAACUCAUUUGUUAGUGUGUUUUAGAUCCAAAUACAAUAGUAAAAUGUUAUUCUUAUC